AACGUGCCGGGGUGCCCGUAGGCUGAGGAGAGGCACCAGGCAACCGAAACGCGCCUUUGCCGGAGGGCGGGAGGGCAGGAGGGCGGGAAGCGAAGCAGUUUCGGGAAGCCGCGUCCCCCUCCCCUCUCCGCCGCCGCCCCCCGCCCGAGCCCGGACAGCGGCGGGGGCGGCCUCGGGGAGCCGGCCCGGGGGAGGAGCGGAGCGGAGCGGAGCCACACGGCGCGCCCGCUCCGCCAGCCCGGCCGGCUCUGCGGGGAGGCGGCUGCCCGAGCGGGGCCGCCCCCGCGCCUCUCCCGCCGCCCGCGCCGCCUGGACCACUGGGAAGAUGGAUGGACACGUCCUGGGAUGGAUCGUCCUCCUGUGGAUCGCAGCUGAGGUGGAAGGGUUGCAGGUCACUGUGCCUGAGAAGAAGAAGGUGGCCAUGCUAUUUCAGCCUGCUCUGCUUCGCUGCCAUUUCUCUACUUCUUCCACCCAACCAGCUGUGGUGCAGUGGAGGUACAAAUCCUACUGCCAGGACCGGAUGGGAGAAGCUCUGGGUAUGGUGACUUCUGGUUUGCAAACAAUGAGCAAGAGGAACCUGGACUGGGAUCCCUACCUGGACUGUGUGGACAGCAGGAGGACAGUCCGUGUCGUGGCCUCCAAGCAGGGAUCUGCCAUCACCAUAGGAGACUUCUAUAAGGAAAGAGACGUCAGCAUUGUCCAUGAUGCAGACUUGCAAAUUGGGAAGUUGAUGUGGGGAGACAGUGGCCUCUAUUACUGCCUUAUUAUCACACCAGAUGAUGUGGAGGGCAAGAAUGAAGAAUCAGUGGAGCUGCUUGUGCUUGGCAGGACAGGGCUGCUUGCAGAUCUCUUGCCCAGUUUUGCUGUGGAGAUUAUGCCAGAGUGGGUCUUUGUGGGCCUGGUGAUCCUGGGGGCGUUCCUGUUCUUCCUCCUGGUGGGGAUCUGUUGGUGCCAGUGCUGCCCACACAGCUGCUGCUGUUACGUCCGCUGUCCCUGCUGUCCUGAGUCCUGCUGCUGUCCCCGGGCGCUGUAUAUAGCAGGCAAAGCAGCAAAAGCUGGGUACCCUCCUGCAGUCUCUGCCAUGCCAGGUCCAUACUACAUCCCCAGUGUUCCUGUAGCUGGUGUCCCAUCUCCUGCUGUGCUGAUGGAUAAGUCACACCCCCCUCCCUUAGCCCCAAGUGAAGCCAGUGGAGGAAGCCAAAAUGCAGUGCGCAAAGGGUACAGGAUUCAGGCUGACAAGGACAGAGACUCCAUGAAGGUGCUGUACUAUGUCGAGAAAGAACUGGCUCAGUUUGACCCGGCUAGGAGGAUGCGAGAACGAUAUAACAACACCGUGUCUGAGCUGAGCUCGCUGCACGAGGAGGACCUGAACUUCCGCCAGCCCUACCGGCAGGCGCGGAGGAAACCUCUGCCCCCCGCGGGGGACAUGGACGGCGACGCCGAGUACUGGGCAGGGGUGGUGGGCGGCGGCAGCACCUCCAGGUCACAGGCUGUGUCUGACUACAGGGACGAGCGGGACAGCUACUGGCACAGCCAGCAGAGAUCCAAGUCGGAGAUGCUGUCCCGUAAGAGUUUCUCCGUGGGAGUGCCGGCCGUGUCCAUGGACGAGCUGGCGGCCUUUGCCGAGUCCUACAGCCAGCGGCCGCGGCGGGCGGACAGCCAGGAGAUGCGGCGCUUCGAGCGCUCCGAGUCGCACGGCGGGCGCGGCGGGGGGCUGCCCCACCAGGACAGCUCCAUGGAGGAAUACUACACCAAGCGCUGCAGGGGCAAUCGGGAGCCGCUGACGGACUCGGAUCGGGGCUGGUCCUACAGCCCGCCCCGGAGACGGGCCCACGAGGAGAAGCACCUUCCCAGGCUGGUGAGCCGGACGCCCGGAGGGAGCCAGAAAUACGAUCACUCCUACCUCAGCAGCGUCCUGGAGAGGAAAUCCCGGAGCUAUGACGAGAGUGGUGACCAUUGUGCCACCCCCUCGAAGCUGAGCUCGCAGCCCAGCCAGAGAGGAGGGAGCACAUACUAUGCCUGGUCACCGCCCUCCACCUACAAAGCCGAGAAGUCGCAGCCGCCGCCGCAGCAGUCGUCGUCCCCCGAGCAGGACGAGGAGGAGGAGGACAGCCUGCCCCCCUACAGCGAGAGGGAGCUGAGCCGAGGCCCUUCCUACAGGGCCAGGGAACAGGCCUACCUCAAUGCCUCUGACAAGAAGAGGAAAAAGGACCCCAAGAAAACAAAUGAUUUCCCAACAAGGAUGUCCCUUGUGGUUUGAAGUUGUUGUGGACCUGUCAUGUUGAUGGGCUGGAUAUCAUGAGGUGACUGCAGUGGAGAAGAUGCAGAGCAACAAGCAAGACAUGCCUCUGUGAACCUUUGCAGCCAUCAGCCAUGGACUGUUUCAAUUUUUUGUUUCAUCCAGGGGAGCUGAGGCUUUUGUAAGAGACAGACUCCCAUGGACAGCACUCGACCUCAGAGGCUCUGGGAGUCUGCCAGGAAAAUGAGGCUAGGGCUCUCUUUGGCACCCUGUUUUCCAGUGCCCUCCAUUCUGCUCUGGAUGGCAGCCACGUCCCUACUGCCUCUGCAGUCCUCCCUGCAGCCCUGAACUCCAAGUGAGGCUGCCUUUGUGCCUCUUGCCCUGUCCCAUGUGCAGAGGGAGGCAUGUGUACCUCCUUGCUCUCUCUGUCUCCUCAGUUCUCUGUUUGGAUCAAAAUUGUCUCCAUACUUAAAGCCUUUUCUGUAUCACCCCUGUGCUGGGAGGAGGCCUCGUUCUUACAACUGCAGACUGCCUCCAGCUGAUCAGGCCCUAAAUCACGAAAGAAAAUCCACAUCCUUUCAGACACUGUAAGAAAAUGACUGAUGAGAUGUUACCUUGAUAAGGGCUGAAUGGGGAAAGAGACAAUUAUGGGCUGGUUUGUUCAAUAUAUUUAGUUCUGUUCGUUGUGUGAUGAGAGUUGCAGGUGAGAUUGAUGUAUUGCUCUGAAAGUGGGUCAAAGUAGCUUUUAUUGUGAUGAGAGCAUGAUUUGUUUCCCCCCUGCCCCCCACUGUGUUCUGUUUUGAUGCUGUUGCAUUUCCUUGCAGCUCAGCUGUGAGCCUGUAGAGCUUCAAGCUGGAAUACCUACUCCACUGUUUUAAAAGCAGUGCUCUAGCCUUCCUAGUGCUCUGCUUCCAGCACCACCAGACACUUCUGCCACUCUAGUGAGUGGCCUUUUUGUUCCAAGGAUGCAAAAAGGAGACAGUCUCAAUGAGAAGGCAGCUGCAGACCUUCAUCCUGUGCCACUGGUAUCACUCCUUUCUGGGAACAGUUUCCCAGAAGAAACUACUACUGAAGAGACCAAUAACAACAGUGGGAAAAGAACAAGCACUGUGGAUGGAUACAAGCUUUGAAAGUCACCCUUUUCACUUAAAACCAUUCCAUUCACUUUGGAUGGGAUGUGGUUUUAGUGGCUGUUGUCUCAGGAAUAGCUUUAUUUAGAAGUGAGUGCUUCACACCAUUUGGAAGCCUGACAUUCUGGUUUUCAUAGGGUAUUAUGCAGUCAUUUAUUUAGCUGCUAAAAUCAUCAUGUGAGGGAAGAUGAUGGGAACAUUUUAAGGUCCAGUAUCUUGAUCCCUAUUACACCUAGAAACAACUUAGUGCCCUGUUGUGUUAUGGACAUUAUCAGCCUCUGAAAUGACAUCUUUGUUGUUCCUCUGGGAAUUUGGGAAGCUAGCUGGCCUCAGAUGCUCAUACUGGCAGUACUGUUUGGAACACAAUGGAUAUUAACAUCACUGCAGUUCUCCAUAAAAAUGAUAGAUUAAUUUCUGUGUUACUCUUCUGCCAGAUAGUUUACUCACCAGGAAUGGUCAGGGGAGAGGAAGAAUAAUCUCCAUAGAUUUGAUGACAGUUUUCAUGUGAGAAGGUGAGUUGAUGAAAGGAUGAUGUUCUUUUCCCACACUCCUCUAGUGAUGACUGUAGUUUUGGAAAUCCCAGUCCUGGGUCUUCCUGGCCAGAGAGAGAUUAGCCAGCAGGAAAAUACAGUUGUGGAAUUGUAGAAUUGUUUGUGCAGGAGCUAGCCUUUCAAGAUUUCAAGAUUUAAAGUUUCAAUCCUCUGCCAUGGGAAGGGACAUCUUCCACAUAUGAGGUUGCUCAAAGCCCUGUCCAACUGGACCUUCAACACUUCCAGGGAUGGGACAUUUACAGCUUCUCUGGGCAACCUGUUCCAGUGUCUCAUCACCCUCAGAGUAAAGAAUUUCUUCCUUGUAUCUAAUCUAAAAUUACCCUCUUUUACUCGAAAAUCAGUGCCCUGGUAAAAAGUCAAUCUACAUCUUUCUUGUAGUCCCUUUAGGCAUGGAAAGGCUCUAUGGUCUCCUCAGAGCCUCCUCUUCUCCAGGCUUAACAGCCUCAGUUCUCCCAGCCUGUCUUUAUAGAAGUAUUCCAGCCUCUUUGACCAUUUUUGUCUCCCUCCUCUGGACCUGCUCUAACAGCUCCAUGUCUUUGUGUGGGUGGCCCCAGAGCUGAACACAGUACUCUGUGUGGGGUCUCAAGAGAAUGGAGUAGAGGGAAAUUCCACUCCUUGGCCUGCUGGUCACUCACCUGAUGCAGCCCAGGAUAUGGUUGGCUUUCUGGGCUGCGAGAGCUCGUGGCUGGCUCAAGUCCCAUCUUCAUCCACCACUAUAAAGUCAUAGAAUUGUAGAAUGGUUUGGAAGAGACCUUAAAGAUCAUCUAGUUCCCCAAGUCCUUCUCAGGGCUGCCAGUCCAUUCUUCCCCCAGCGUGUACCAGUACCAGGGGUUGCCUUGACUCAGGUACAGCCCCCCACACUUGGCUGUGUUGAACUUCAUGAGGUUCUCGUGAGCCUGCUCCUCAAGCCUGUCCCAGGGUCACUCUGGAUGGCAUCCCUGGCAUCAUUCAGCUUGCUGCCACACACAGACUGCUGAGAGGGCACUCAGUCUGUGCCAUUAAUGAAGGCUGAACAGUGUCAGCCUCGGUGCAGACCCUUGAGGGACUCCACUUGUAACUGAUGUCCUUUUGGACACUGAGCCAUUGACUGAUGCUCUGGAUGUGGCCAUCCAGCCAAUUCCCUGUGCAUCCAUCAAACCCAUCUCUCUCCAGUUUAGAAAUUAAAUUUUGUGUGGGACUUUGUCAAAGGCCAGAAGUCAAGGUGCAUGAUAUCAGAUGGAUUUUCCUUAUCCAUCAGUGCAGUCACCCUGUCAUAGAAGGUCUCCAAGUAAGCAGGUGUGAUUUGUCCUUGGUGAAGCCGUGCCAGAUGUCUUAAAUCACUUCUCUCCCAUCCAUAUGCCUUGAGAUGGCUUCCAGGAGGAUCUUUCAGGGCACAGAGGUGAGGCUGAUUGGUCAGGAGUUCCCAGGGCCCUGUUCUUCUAUCCUUUUAAAACAGGUCUGAUGUUUCCCUUUAACAGUCACUGGGGACCUGACUGCCUGAGUGUCAUGACUUUUCAAACAGGGAGAGCAACUUAGCAACUGCAUUUACCAUCUAUCUGUAUUAUGGCUGGAGAGACUUAACAUUUUACGUAUUUUCAUCUUUUUUUUUUUUUUUUACCAUUAAUUGUGUGUUCUUAGGAAAAUCACAGCACAGUUAGCAAGAGGUGGGCAGGUGUUUGCCAUCUGAGGUCUCUCAGGCCUUGGGAAGUCUACAGAGCUACACUGCAUGCUGGUUUAAAUCAAACAUUUCAUUCCUGAUAUAUGAGGAUUCUAGUAAGUUGAUGUUUUGUUAGCCUGAAAACCUUGCAACCCCUGUGCCAUGAAUUUCAAGGCAGCUUAGCCUGCUGUAGUUUCCAUCAGACCCAGGAAACAGUGGACACAGAAAUUUGAAAGUACAUCUGACUGUCCCAGAAAGGGGCCAAACCAGUGGUUUUACAGUCUCUGAAUACCUCUGUAUUUUAAAUCAUACUGAAAGCCUGAGCAUUACAAUCUUCUCAUUUCAGUUAUGUUCUGUCCCUUAUCUUAGUCAGUGUAGUUUAUCUGAUCAAGCCCUCAGGAAUGAGCUGUGCGUAUUAAAAAUACAAGUCUUCAUUUAUUUGAGUCAGUUUUGUUUGUUCAGUGCUGGUACUUUAGGGCAUCUGUACACUGUGUGUAUGAAGUUGCCAUUUGUGUAUCUAGCUUUUAAAUGAGUAGUUGCAAGCUAGUUCUUUUAAGAAAACUGUUUUAAUUGUGCAAACAACUGUUUGUGAGAAUUUAGAAACAUCUCUUGAAUCCAAGUACCUGGAAAAGUACUGAAGAUUUUAUGACUAGUGAUUCUCUGAGUUUUACCAGAUGAUAAAAGUUUCAGCUGCAGAAAAAAAAGAGGAGGUCUUAAUUCCCUGAAGUCAGAUCUGAGCAGCAGUAACCUUGCCCUACAAUUUUGGAUUUUGUAUCUCUGUACAAAUCUGCAGGAAUUUUCAGUUACUGAUCAUGUCUGUCCUCAGGCCACCUUUAUUUUUCCCAUUAGAAAUGUGUCUGCAGCAGCAGCAAAUGGACCAAAUCAAGAAGUGAAGGGUGACCUGGAGUAUCUGCACAGCUACACAACCCUAAUGACCUGUGACUCCUGCAGCAGGGGAGCAGGGGGCCAGAGACUGACAGACAGCUCAUGUUUCAGGAGAGGAGUAAUGGUUUGUGUCUGUGCCAUCUUUCAGAACACCUGCAGAAUGCUGGCACUGGGAAAUAAUGAGCCUGGUUAAUAUGGGGUCUUAAAUUAUAAGUUUUCCAGUGAUGAAUUUUUAUUGCUGGCAUAAAAUUAAAAUCCUUUUCUUACUGGA